AUGAUUCAACUCCAGGGGAAUGCACUCUACACACUGAUCCUUCUGGAAUCUGGAUAUCCACAGGCCCUCGUCAAACGUGGCACAAGUGUAUUAGGUCACUCAGGACCAUGGAAUGGUUUACAUUGGAGUGGGGAUCACGCGCCAUCAUCAAGCCAAAGCAGCAUUUAUAAAAUUCAGUUUGUUCUCAAUAAGGAGGAGGUUUUCUAUAAUUUUUAUUUCAUUAGCAGUUUGGUGUUAUCAAGGCUAGUCCUGACAAGCAAUGGUUAUGUGCAAAGCCUCAUGUACGUGAAUCAGACCAAGAGUUGGCUUUGCCUCAGUUUACCUCCUAAUACAACAUAUAGCUUAUGUGGUGCCUAUGGGAGCUGUGACAUAGAUCAUUCCCCAGGAGUCCUGGAACUGGACUUUCAUGCAAGGACUGGAUUAAUUCAGAAUGAAGUUAUAUCUAUAUCUCAAAGCUUCAGCCGAGAAAUCUUGUGA